CUCUCUCUCUCUCUCUCUCUCUCUCUCUCUCUCUCCGUUCUUUUUCUGUCAUUUGAAAAAAAAAAAAACCAAUGAAACCUCUCUGUCACACUCUAUAGAUCUAGUUUGCAUGUGCGGUGGAUGCAAUGGCGAUCGCUGCAGCGGUUGUUCUCCCUUUGGGUCUGCUCUUCCUCCUCUCAGGCCUCGUCGUCAACUUCAUUCAGGCAGUUCUUUUCAUCCUGGUCCGUCCAUUUUCUCGGAGUGUGUAUAGCAGGAUCAACAGAGUAGUCGCAGAAUUUUUGUGGCUCGAGCUUGUAUGGCUCUUUGAUUGGUGGGCUAACAUCAAGGUUGAGCUGUACACAGAUUCAGAAACUCUUCAAUUAAUGGGGAACGAACAUGCACUUCUCAUCUGCAAUCACAAAAGUGACAUUGACUGGCUUGUUGGAUGGGUCUUAGCCCAGCGUGCAGGUUGUCUUGGCAGUGCACUGGCUAUAAUGAAGAAAUCAUCAAAAUUUCUCCCCGUUUUAGGGUGGUCAAUGUGGUUUUCUGAUUAUGUCUUCUUGGAGAGAAGCUGGGCCAAAGAUGAGGAGACAUUGAAAUCAGGUUUUGAACAUCUAAAGGAUUUCCCUCAGCCUUUUUGGUUGGCUCUUUUUGUUGAAGGAACUCGUUUUACGCAGGAAAAGCUUUUAGCAGCUCAAGAAUAUGCUGCUUCAGCUGGGUUGCCUGUUCCUAGGAACGUUUUGGUUCCUCGCACAAAGGGUUUUGUUUUAGCAGUAAACCAUAUGCGGUCUUUUGUUCCAGCAAUUUAUGAUGCUACGGUGGCUAUCCCUUUAAAUGAGCCCCGACCUACAUUGUUGAGAAUACUCAGGGGCCGAUCCUCUGUGAUACAUGUCCACAUCAAGCGACAUCUUAUGGAGGAACUGCCGGAAACAAACAGCGGCAUUGCACAAUGGUGUAAGGACAUGUUUGUGGCCAAGGAUGCUUUAUUGGAGCAACAUCUUGUCAAUGAUACAUUUGGAGACAAAGAUUGUCAAGACAUUGGUCGGCCAAAAAAGUCUUUAUUUGUUGUUAUUGCUUGGUCAUGUCUUCUUCUAUAUGGCAGCAUCAAGUUUUUCGAAUGGUUUUCGAUCCUGCCUUCGUGGGAAGUAUUCACACUCUGUGCAACUUUUCUGGCAGUUGUUAUGAUCCUGAUGCAGGUUCUAAUCGUAUUUUCCCAGUCGGAACAUUCUACCCCUCCUCCCGUGGUAUCCCCAGAAGAUCCUUUGAAAGCUAAUCUGCUUCAAUGAGCCAACGUAUCUUCCAUUGGGUAUAUGGGUUCGAUCAGUUUCACACCAAUUUUUUUGUGGCUUGGAGAAGUGCGAAUUCAUUUCUAAGGAGCAGAAAAUUCAAAAAGUAUACCUUACGAUUG